AUGGCAGCCGUAAUCGGCGACUUUGUUCCUGACCUCACGCGCUUCCACAGCAUGAUCUCCAGCUCCUCGUCCGCCAUCCCGCAGCGCCAGGAAACCCAGACCCACGAUCCCGCCGCCCCCUACCGCUCGUCCAGCCGGCACCGGUUGUCUGGCUCCGUGCCGCGGUCUCAGACAUCAGCAGCAUCGGCAUCGACAUCGGCGCCAGCACCGGAUUCCCAGCCCAGCGCCAGCAGGAGCACCGCCGCCCAGUCGGCGCAGCAGGGCCAGGCGCAGGCAGCGCAGUCGACUUCGCGCUCGGCAUCCUCUGGCGGAGCGUCGCGUUUCCCUUCGCCGCCGCCGUCCUCGUCCCCAGCAGCUGUUCCCGGCCCUGUUGCCGCCGACGAUGAGAAUCGAGUGUCCAUGGCAUCCCAGACUGGAGACAGCGUCUCCGCAACUGGUCUGCAGCACCAGCCCCCGACAGCCUCCGAACCGACCGCGCCUCAGAACCAACAGCCCUCGCCCCCGUCGGAUGAUUAUCCUCUAAGAUCUGGCCAGGCCGCCGGCUCCGACUCGUACCUGGUUUCGUCCACGUCCGCCUCGUCUGUCCCCGAGCAGAAUGUCGUCCACAUCCAGGACCUCGCUCACAUCGAAAAGCUCGCGGAAGCCGACUUGGCUGGCGAUGGGGGCCAGUCCGGCAUCCUCCACGACCCGCCGCUGCAUCAGACCAAGUAUGAGAUCAGCGCAAUGCCCAUUGGCGAUGUCAUUGAGAUGGUCGCCGCUCUGUUGACCAAGAUCACGACUACGAACGAUCUGCAGCACGAUGCCAUGCAGCGCAAUGUUGCCCACCAGCAGCAGGCCAACCAGAACGCAGAUGCCCCCGGCGGUUCCCAGAUGAGUCCGCUUAGCCACUCCGUGCUUGCGUUCCACGGCAAAAACGUUCCUGCCAUCACCAUCUUGAGCUACCUCUCGCGCAUCGACAAGUACUGUCCGACUACUUAUGAAGUAUUCUUGAGUCUGCUAGUCUACUUUGAUCGCAUGACGGAAAAGGUCAAUGACAUGGUGUCUCGAACCGAGGGCAGCAGACGGUCAUCGGCGUCGCGGCCGCGAGGUUCCAUGUCCGUCGCAUCCCAUGAUACCCCGAUGGGCGAUGCCUCGAGGAGCCCUGAUGAGAGCGACGAAGAUCUUGCCGACGACGACGAUAGCGACGACGAUGAAGUCAUGGUUGACCCGCCGUCUAGAUAUGCCCGCUCGGCAAGCAGAGGCGCGACACCCGCUGCUGAGCGCUCCCUUGGCUUGCCAACUUCAGCGGCGUACUUCGUCGUUGACAGCUUCAACAUCCACCGAUUGAUCAUUGCUGGAGUAACUUGCUCCAGCAAAUUCUUCUCGGAUGUCUUUUAUACCAAUUCUCGAUAUGCAAAGGUUGGUGGACUCCCCUUGCCGGAGCUGAACCACCUGGAACUCCAGUUUCUGGUGCUCAACGACUUCCGACUCGCUAUCCCAGUGGAAGAGCUGGAGGCAUAUGCCACGAUGCUCGUUGAAUUUUACGCCCGAGAAGUGGUAGCUCCUCGGAGCCGUCGCACGUAG